CAGGCGCGGGGGAGGGCCGCUCUGCUGGGAGCGCGCAGCCGCGUCACAGCAGGGCUCUCGGAGACCUCGUUGCCCUGGCGACGGUUUCCCAGCUCCCUACCGCAAUCCGCCAGGCCUUCAUCGCGAUACACUAAGCCAAGAAGCCCUAGCCAUGACUUCGUCCACCCCAGCGUCCUUCGCUACGGGCACAGCCGACGGGUUGCCUGAGACUGAGAAGAACGCAGGGGAGUCCGAGAAUACCUAUAUUCUGCGGCCCAUUUUCCAGCAAAGGUUCAGACCUUCUGUGGUUAAAGAAUGUAUCCAUGCUGUUCUUAAGGAGGAGCUAGCAAAUGCCGAGUACUCUCCAGAAGAAAUGCCUCAGCUCACAAAACGUUUAUCAGAAACCAUUAAAGACAAAUUAAAAGAAAUGGGAUUUGACCGAUACAAAAUGGUGGUACAAGUAGUGAUUGGAGAACAAAGAGGUGAAGGAGUAUUCAUGGCUGCUCGCUGUUUCUGGGAUGCCGACACUGACAACUACACUUAUGAUGUUUUCAUGAAUGACAGUUUAUUCUGUGUUGUAGCGGCAUUCGGCUGUUUCUACUAUUGAAUCUUUGAAAAGUUGGGUAAAAAUAUGACCAUGAAGAAAUAUAAACUUUUUUAUAUUGUUAAAUAUCUCAACAAAAUAAAGAUAAUUUGGCAUUUUGGCAA